AGAGAGAGAGUUACAUCGUGGCCUUUUGAAGACUGCAAUGGGCAUGGGUGAAUUGGUAGGUGUCCAAACCAAAGGUAGUAAAAAACAAAUAGAGUUCAAUUGGGAUCGGAUAGUAAGGUUGCCAAAAACCAAUUUAAUUCGUCAGCUGGCAAGCCAUGUUCAUCUAGGGUGGGCACAUUCAUAACAGGAUUCUAUAUAUAUCUCAACCAGUGCCCACUUUAAUGUCUAUCUGAUUGCUACAAUUCACAUGCACAGUUCAGUUUCUGCGCUUCACUUCCAAGCAGUUCGAUUCUCUCUCUCUCUCUCUCUCUCUCUCUAUCUGCAAUGGCAGACACCGACUCCGAUCCAAAUGCCCUAAUCGAUGGCAAUUCCCUUGUUGCCAUGUCCCUGGCACGUGCCGGCGUGGAUCGCAUGUUCGGCGUGGUGGGAAUUCCGGUCACCUCCCUCGCCAACCGCUCUGUCGCCCUCGGAAUCCGAUUCAUCGCCUUCCACAACGAGCAAUCCGCUGGCUACGCUGCCUCGGCUUACGGGUACCUCACCGGUCGGCCUGGAAUUCUCCUCACCGUUUCCGGGCCGGGUUGUGUUCACGGGCUAGCGGGUGUCUCGAACGGCACUGUUAAUGCCUGGCCCAUGGUCCUGAUCUCCGGCUCAUGUGAUCAAAAGGACUUCGGCCGCGGGGAUUUCCAGGAGCUCGAUCAAAUAGCGGCCGUUAAACCGUUCUCGAAAUUUUCCGCAAAAGCCUCUAACAUCAAACAAAUCCCUGGUUGUGUUUUCGAUGUCCUUCACUGGGCUGCAUCGGGGCGUCCCGGCGGGUGUUACUUGGACUUACCCACCGAUGUGCUUCACCAAACUGUCACUGAAUCGGAGGCGGAGAAAUUGAUUGUUGAUGCUCAGACUUGUAGAAAGGAAAACAAAGAGGAAGGGAUUGAAAUUGUUAAGCAUUCGGAGAUUGAAAAGGCGGUUUCGAUGCUGAGACAGGCAGAGAGGCCGUUGAUUGUGUUUGGUAAGGGCGCUGCCAUUGCUAGAGCCGAGAAUGAGCUGAAAAAGUUGGUGGAAAGUACUGGAAUUCCAUUUUUGCCAACACCUAUGGGGAAGGGUUUGUUGCCUGAUACCCAUGACCUAGCAGCAACUGCGGCGAGGUCAUUGGCAAUUGGGAGAUGUGAUGUUGCAUUGGUGGUUGGUGCAAGGCUUAAUUGGUUGUUGCAUUUUGGGGAACCUCCAAAGUGGUCUAAGGAUGUGAAGUUUAUUUUGGUUGACAUAAGUAAAGAAGAGAUUGAGCUGAGAAAGCCAUGUCUUGGACUGGUUGGGGAUGCGAAAAGGGUUUUGGAAAUCAUAAAUAAGGAGAUUAAGGAUGACCCUUUUUGUUUGGGAAAGAAUCAUACUUGGGUUGAAGCGAUAGCAAAGAAGGCAAAAGAAAAUGUGUCAAGAAUGGAGGCACAGUUGGCUAAGGACGUUGUGCCUUUCAAUUUUAUGACACCAAUGAGGAUAAUCAGGGAUGCAAUUUUGGGAUUGGGUAGUCCUGCUCCGAUAUUGGUGUCUGAGGGGGCAAACACGAUGGAUGUUGGUCGUGCUGUGUUAAUUCAGAUGGAGCCGAGGACAAGGUUGGAUGCUGGGACUUGGGGGACAAUGGGGGUUGGUCUGGGCUAUUGCAUUGCUGCGGCUGUGGCUUCACCUGAUCGGCUUGUUGUUGCUGUUGAAGGGGACUCUGGAUUUGGUUUUAGUGCCAUGGAAUGCGAGACAUUGGUUCGAUAUCAGUUGCCUGUGGUGGUUAUAGUCUUUAACAAUAAUGGUGUAUAUGGUGGUGACCGGAGGAACCCUGAAGAAAUUACAGGACCUUACAAGGAUGAUCCAGCACCGACUUCUUUUACAUUGGUUCGAUAUCAGUUGCCUGUGGUGGUUAUAGUCUUUAACAAUAAUGGUGUAUAUGGUGGUGACCGGAGGAACCCUGAAGAAAUUACAGGACCUUACAAGGAUGAUCCAGCACCGACUUCUUUUGUCCUUGGUGCUGGAUAUCAUCUUCUAAUUGAAGCUUUUGGGGGAAGGGGUUAUCUUGUUGGGACACCUGAUGAACUCAAAUCGGCGCUUUCUGAAGCUUUUUCUGCACGGAAGCCUGCUGUCAUAAACGUUACAAUUGAUCCAUAUGCUGGUGCAGAAAGUGGGAGGAUGCAGCAUAAAAACUGA